AUGGCGGGCGUCGAAGUAAUCGGAGCGGUGUCUGGGCUGGCCGGCCUCUUCAACACGACCAUCACCUGGUUCGAUUAUAUCCUUGUCGCCAAGCAGGCGGCUCCGCGGCUGCAGUCGCUGCUGGUGAAGCUCGACGCCGCGCAGCUGCGGCUGACGCGCUGGGGUAAGGCGGCCGGCCUCACAGGCUUGCGGAUCGAAGACGAAGAGUCGCUGAAGAGCUCCGAGUCGUUCCAGCUCGACGAGCAGCAGGAGCAGCAGGCGAUCCGGACGUUCCGCACCGUGGCGGCCCUCUUCGAAGAGUGCCAGAAGCUCUGCCACCGCGAGCGUAACGGCAAGGGCGAGGACGAUCCUGGCGUCAGGGAGAACGAGAUCAGCCCGUUCGGUACGGUCGGGCCGAACUGGAACCCCAUGCACCGUUAUCUCCAUGGGAAGAUGCGAGAUAUCGCCGACGGGCGCAGGAACAAGGUCUCAGUCGCGCAGCGGGUCAAGUUCGCCAUCUACAAGAAGGAGCACCUCGAGAGGUUCAUCAAAGACAUCAACGACCACAUCGACGAACUGUACAAGAUCUACGAGCCGCCCAAGGAAAAGGAGAGCGAGCUCGGCAAGGGUGAGUUGGUGGAGCUUCUUGAGGUCGUGAAGGAGUUGGCCAUCGCUUCCGACCGCGAUCCCGUCGUGCACUCUGCGGUGCGGAAUAUUCUCAAACAAGAGGCAACACAGGCCGUCAUGAUGCCUUGUCCGUACGAUGUGUCGAGCGGGCUGUCACGACCGGCGGCCUGCGGGACUGGGGGGUUCGAAGCCCCCGCAUGUGUUCAGCUCUCCCACAUCUCCCAGUGGCCCACCACAGCCGCCCUACACGGUCUUUCUCUACCGGUGGAGUGUGCCGACCUUGACUUCCUUUGCUCGCAACGUCGCGAGGUCGCGCCAUCGUCCAAAUCAUGGAGCUACCUGAUAGCAGGAGACAUCACGGCUCGCCGCUUCGCGCAGGGGUAUGGUUUGGCAACGCAGUGUGAUUCAAAGGAGGGGCACAUGGUUACGACGCUCUCCAAACAGAAGCAAGCCAAUGACCUGAUCUCUGCUGCUGCCGCGAAUUAG